AUGCCUAAAUCCUCUAGUGACACCUCGGACAGUUCCCACGAGAGCGAUUCUCCUCGCAAGAGAGUAGUUUCUGGUCCAGACGACGCCAUGGACCUCGAUGACCUCUCGCCGGCGAUGGUAGCUGUGACCUGCGAGCACGUACAAGGGUUGGAACACUCUACAGACAUGCUUCCCAAGUAUCAGAAGACCUUGAAAUGGCACUCUAGCUUUAAUUCGUUGCGAGGACCGCGCUUGAAACGCCAAAAGCUGUAA